CAGGAGCGUGCUCACGUGACGUAGUAUCCGCGACGCCACCAGUUCACGUGAUACUUCACGGUUUUUAGUUGGCUGCGGAGCAGUCGCGGAUGACUAGCAUAUAAAUGUAACUACCGUCACGUCGUCCAAAAAAAAAAAACAAUUGAAUAAAAGAAGGAGGCAUCACUUAAUUUGACCGUGUGCCGUGUCAAGUGCACUUUCCUUUCGGGGAGGACCCACCUGCUUCGGCCGAGCGACAUCCAUCUGUCUGUCGCUACAUCCCCAAAGACUUUCUGCGUCACAGUCGGUGACUGCAAUUGUACUGUCUGCGGUGACACGACGCAAAGGAUGAAACCAUCCAUGGCGUGUGGCUCGCUGUUGCACCUCACUUGGUUUGCCGUUUUGGGUUGUCUUCAGGCUGUUACUUUUGAAGUGAAGGAGAGGAACUCCACGUGCAUCAAGGCUGAACUCUCUGCACUGUUCUCCAUCACGUACAACACUUCCAGCGGCGUGAGAACUGUGGAGGUGCCCUUGCCUGACACAACCACAGUUGAUACAGCAACCAGCUCAUGUGGCACAGUUGACAGCUUACAAUGGCUGGUGGCAACGUUUGGUUCUGGACACACAAUGGGGUUGAGUUUCUCAACCAAUGGAAGUCUUUACAAUGUGGCCACCCUGACUCUCCAGUACAACCUCAGUGACUCCUCUAUCUUCCCCGAAGCCAACAGUUCUGUUGUGGUGACUGUUAUGUCCAGUUCAGUUGGGAUCUGGGCGGCAAUCAACACCACCUACCAUUGUGUGAGCGCCACCUCUGUAGGAGUUGGGGGACAGACAGUCACAUUCUCUAAUAUGAGACUUGAAGCAUACAUGCCAGGAAAUGAUCUGAGUUCAGCUGAAACAAUAUGUGCUCCAGAUCAGGUUAGCACUACAACUCCUACCACCACCACCAGUACUCCAGUCACACAUUCUCCAACACCCACACCACCUGGAACUCCUGAACGGGGAGCUUACUCCAUUAGAAACAGCAAUGGCACAGUCUGUCUCUUGGCCCAAAUGGGACUACAACUUAAUUUUUCCUACGUGUCUCAAUCUCAGAAUAAGACAAUCCAAGAAAUUUUUAAUCUCACCCCUAAUCACACAAUUUCUUCUGGAUCCUGUGAAUCCAGCAGGGCUACCUUAGUUCUGACACAGGAUGGAACCACCACAUUAACUCUCACCUUUUCCCUGAACUCCACAACCAGCAAGUACCACCUUAGCGGGAUAAUCAUGCUCGCCAAUUGGUCUGAUAUGACAGCUCCCUUUUCAGCGAGUAACAGCAGUCUUGACUACCUGCGAACUACCCUGGGACGCUCCUACUUGUGUGAUGCAGAGCAAACUCUGGCUGUGGUGCCAAGCUUCUCUCUUAACACAUUCAGGCUGCAGCUUCAACCCUUUGGCGUCACCAUCAACAAAUUUGCCAGAGCGGAGGAUUGUCAGAUGGAUCAAGACCAGAUGCUCAUCCCCAUCAUUGUUGGAGCAGCCCUUGCCGGCCUCGUCCUGAUAGUCCUCAUCGCAUAUCUAAUAGGUCGGAAGAGGAGCCAGGCUGGAUACCAGACCAUCUGAACAGAACCUUCUUCAGAAAGCAACAUGACAGGACAAGUGUGAAGUUUAACAAUGAGACGGCAAAACUGCAGACAAAAGCAUUAGUCAGUGGAAACAAGUGUUGCUGUCUGCAUGUUGUUUCAUAAUAUUUGGAUAUUAAUUUUCUCUUUCAAUUUUAUUUCCUGAGAUGAUAAUGAAAAGUCAAAUGCAACUAUGCAUCAAGCCUGAGUCCAUGAUAGAGGUUGCAUGUUAACCUUGUUUUUGGAAUGUUUUUAUCUUUGAGAUUAUAUUUGCACGAUUGUUUUGUUUUCAAGUUUGUAAAUUGAGAUCAUUUCUUUCCCGAUGAGUUCAGACAGAGAGGUAAUAUUAUGAACCGAAGGAUAUUUUUAUUUUUUUAACAUUUUUGUAAGAUGGACAGCUAAGAAUGUGUCCUUUCAAAUGUUACCAACGAGUUAAUAGGGUGUGUCUCCCAUUAGCAAGUUCACCAACGCUCAGAUGCUUCUCCCCCCACAAUGCUUUGCAGUGAAGAUUUGUGCUGCAUUGCUUUUUGAUCGUAAACAUAGUAUGCUUUUUGUUCUUUAUUUUUUUAAACCAGUAUGUGCGGUGGGCCAACAAAGUCUGCCUUGUGGGUGUGUUUUCUAUUGCUGAUAAUCCUCAACAUCAACAAAAAGUGUUCAUAUGAACUGUCGUAAUUUGAUCGUUAUUUUUAUAGGAAAUGUUUUAAAGUCAUACAGUAUUUCCAUUGUGCGUACUACUGAAAGAUAAUAAACAUUUUGGUGGUGA